AUGGCAAAUUCCGAACCUGCUCUUCGUAGCUUCCCGAAUCUGGAUGCUUCAGAUGUGCAGCACAAUUUGUCGGUUGACCCCAAAACCAAGGCUUUUGCUCCUGACUCUGAAAAUAAGGGGGCUUUUGGCGGAAACGGUAACGAGUUCCUGCUCAGUGAAGAGUUAGUGGAAGCUACCAAGACUGGUCUUUUGUCUAAAGAUGGAGCUUUAGCCAAAGAUAAUGUAUCAAAGCCGAAGAAACUCGGUUACCAAAACUCAACUUACAACGCAAAGGGCUCAUAUGGGAAGGGUGCCUACUCUUAUGGCUACUAUCCUCAAGCUUAUCAGUACCCAAGAUAUGGCUACAACGGGAGCUAUGCUACUGGCAAGACCAAUCUUCAGUAUCCGUACCUAUCUCAGACUCAUGGAAGAUCAGCUGGUUCAGGUCAAUCUUACGGAUACCUGGACAGCAUUUACUCAAACUAUGGGAUGUAUGCACCUUACAUGAGCGGCUUAGGAACAGGCUAUGGAUAUGGCUCUUACGGUUACGAUGCUUGGAAACAGAUGCCUAACUGGUACGCGGUUAACAACAGUACCUACAAGACGAGAGGUUAUGGGUUUAACGGAUACGGCAAAGAGAACAUUGAGGGGUUAAACGAGUUGAAUAGAGGGCCAAGGGCAAAGGGUUUCAAGAGCCAAGAAGGUUCAAAGGUGAUGACGGCUGUGUCUUCUAAUGAGAAGGUAGUGACUGAGAGUGAGAAGCCUAAGGAAGAUGGAUCUGUUUCAGAGUACAACAAGGAAGACUUCCCUGAAACUUACUCGGAAGCGAAGUUUUUUGUAAUCAAGUCGUAUAGCGAAGAUGAUAUUCACAAAAGUAUCAAAUACAACGUUUGGUCCAGCACUCCUAAUGGUAACAAGAAGCUGGAUGCUUCAUAUAACGAGGCAAAACAGAAUUCUGAAAGCUGCCCUGUGUUUCUACUCUUCUCGGUAAACACGAGUGGACAGUUUGUGGGUUUAGCUGAAAUGGUAGGCCCGGUCGAUUUUAACAAGACUGUGGAAUACUGGCAACAGGACAAAUGGAUUGGUUGCUUCCCUGUGAAGUGGCAUAUCGUGAAAGAUAUUCCUAAUGGUGCGUUGAGGCAUAUCACUCUGGAGAACAAUGAGAACAAGCCUGUUACAAACAGCAGAGACACACAGGAGGUAAAGCUAGAGCAAGGCAACAAAGUCGUCAAGAUUUUCAAGGAUCAUGGAAGCAAGACAUCCAUCCUUGAUGAUUUUGUGUUCUACGAGACUCGUCAGAAGAUUAUCCAAGAGGGAAAAAGCAAACAGCAGCAGUUCAAAAAACAGCAGGCUGAGAACAAGGGAAUCAACAGUGUAACAACAAAAUCUAAUCUUGUCAAAACCCAAGAGCCUUCUAUAGCCUCUGAAGACGCAGCAGCAGCUCUAGUUUGUGUGACUGAAGUGACGAAAGUGGCGAAUGAGAACGAGUCAGCUGCCCCAAAACCUGCUGCAAACGGAGUUGCUCCUGCCUGCUAA